CGUAUUCAUAGCUUGGCACCCUGUCAUUACCCCCCAAAUUCCCUCAGACUACGCCGAUCUCCAAGCUUUUGUGAGCCACAUCGAACCCGGUUACGGCGGCGCGAUGGAGGCAGCAUCCGCGCGAAUGGCGGCGCGAGAUCGUUACGGCGCAUUCGGCGAGGCACCAACAUCGCAACUACAACGCUUCAUACUGUCAGCAUGCGACCCGCAAAACUUUGAGCCCAACCUCGCGCUGAAUCUCGAGAUCUCGGACCUGAUCAACAGCAAGAAAGGCUCCGCCCCGCGAGAAGCAGCCGUUUCGAUAGUAAACUACGUCAACCACCGCAACCAGAAUGUCGCUCUCCUCGCGCUCAAUCUCCUCGACAUCUGCGUUAAGAAUUGCGGUUACCCAUUCCACCUCCAAAUCAGCACCAAAGAGUUCCUCAAUGAGCUCGUCCGCCGCUUCCCCGAACGCCCACCCGUGCAUGCGACGCGUGUACAGAGCAAGAUCCUCGAGCUGAUAGAAGAAUGGCGCCAAACAAUCUGCCAGACGUCGCGAUACAAGGCCGAUCUCGGCUUCGUACGGGAUAUGCACAGGCUGUUGAGCUAUAAGGGCUACAUAUUCCCGGAAGUAAGGAAGGAAGAUGCGGCUGUGCUGAACCCAAGCGAUAACCUCAGGUCAGCAGAGGAGAUGGAAGAGGAGGAGAAAGAGGCACAGUCGGCCAAACUCCAGGAACUGAUCCGUCGUGGAGGUCCCGCCGACUUGCAAGAGGCAAACAAGCUCAUGAAAGUCAUGGCCGGUUACGAUACAAGAAACAAGACAGAUUGGCGCGCAAAGGCUGCUGAGGAAGUUGGCCGAAUCCAGCAAAAGGCGAGGAUCCUUGAGGAGAUGUUGCAUGGUUAUAAACCAGGAGACACUAUCAAAGAGGGAGACGUGUUUGAGGAACUUGCCAAUGCGCUUGCGAGUGCCCAGCCAAAGAUCCAAAAGAUGUGUGAGGAGGACUCCGAGGAUCACGAAGCAGUGGCGAAGCUUUUCGAAAUUAACGACAGUAUACAUCGGACAAUAGAAAGAUACAAACUGUUUAAGAAGGGAGAUAUUGAUGGGGCGAACAAGAUACCUCAGGGUACGCUUGGACGCAGCGGCGCUGGAGUGUCGCAGGGCCCGAACAAUACACUAAAUCUUAUCGAUUUUGGAGACCCAGAGCCCGCACCGCCCGCACCACAGUCGUCCGAAGCAUCUCAACAGCCAGCUGCCAAGGGCAAUGCUCUAGAAGAUGAUUUAUUAGGGCUGUCUCUGAGUGGAGACACCUAUGGUCAGUCUGGUAGUAUAUCACUAGGCGGUUCAAAUGGCUCAGUCCUUGGUUUGUCUGGUGUGCCUGUUCCACAAUCACAAGCUCAGCAAAAGUUAUCCGCCCAAUCAAUUAACGACCUCUUCACAACCCCAACCCAGGCCCCACCCCCGAUCACAUCGCCUCGAUCAGCACAGCCCCCAAUUAAAGCAGCUCGCACACCGGAUCCUUUCGCCGCUUUGUCAGCAACGCCUCGACAGGGCUCACCAUUCCAAUUUCAUCAAUCAGUCAAACCGCCGCCGACCGGGUCAGCUGUUGUCGAUCUGUUGGGCGGUGGUCCUCCUGCACCCGCGUCUAAUCCAGCGCCAGGUCGCGACAGCAUUGCUAACGAUGAUGAUGAGUGGAACUUUGCAUCUUCUGUUCCUGAUACAACCAAGGAGAUCACAGUCACCAACACUAAUAUCAACGUGAUCUUCAGCAUCGUGCGAGAAUCGGACACUGCUCUCUUGAUCCAAUCCCGAAUAUCGAACAACACACCGCUGCCAAUCUCUGGUCUGACAUUGCAGGUAGCUGCAUCCAAAGGCGCCCAACUUCAGCUGGAGCCACAAUCUGGUGUCACACUUGGGCCAAAUCAAAAGAGCGGAAUCACGCAGAAUAUCCGUGUAAACAACGUUCAAAGAGGAUCAGGUGCGAGCGUAAAGAUGAGGUGGAGAGCAUCGUACUCUCUUGGUGGUCAGCAAAAGAACGAGAUGGGCGAGAUCCCAAGCUUAGGUGUGUCGUAGAAUCUCGAUGUAAAAAGUUGGCAGUCGAGCAACUUUGCGGGCUGAGUUUUCGAUGCAUUCUUAGCGACGUGAUUUGGACCGCGAGAGUGCCUGUAGGUUGGAGACUGCGUCGCUGUGUGACGUGACCGAUGAGUUCAAGAUCGUCCAAAAUAUAAAAGAAGAUCGAGAUGUAGAGGCAUAGUCCACGUGCUACCGCGUUAUCGAUAACAUCAUCGAAUCAUGAAG